AUGGGGUCCGUUUGGAGCAGCGAAGGCCGGGAGGUGGCGAGCAGUGCCGAGGUCCGCGGCCGUCCAGGGGGGAUCCAGUGCCCUCGGCCUUUGCGGAGAGCUGGGGGGGAGGAGGAGGAGGAGGAGACGCCAAAGCAGAUCGCGUCGUUCGAUUGCUCCAUCUGUUUGGAAGUGCUGCACCAGCCGGUUAGGACCCGAUGUGGCCACGUGUUUUGUCACUCCUGUAUUGCUACAAGUUUAAGGAAUAAUACAUGGACAUGUCCUUAUUGCCGGGCUUAUCUUCAUUCUGAAGGAAUUCCAGCAACAGAUAUUACUAAGAUGAUGGAAAACGUAUACCAAAACUGUUCAGAAUGUGAUACAGAGGUGUGUCUCAAUGAAAUGAGAGCCCACCUCAGGACCUGUGUCCAAUAUAUAGAGAAAUAUGGACCUUUACAAGAAGUUCAACACCCUAUAACAAGAUACCCUUGUCCUUUCUGCCAGUAUGAACUGGAUGAAAAUGAUCUCCUGGACCAUUAUCUCACUUAUCACAGAUCUGAAAGGAGAGCAGUGUACUGUCCAGUUUGUCGUUUACUACCGGAUGGUGGUCCAAGUUAUUACAGCAGUAAUUUUAUAAGGCACCUUCAGUUCAGACACGCAUUCUAUUGUGAAGACUACAUUGAUAUAGAUAUAGUAGAAGAAGCCCUAACUGAAAGAGUCCUAGACCAGUCCUUUUUAGAGUAUGUACAUGUGAACGCUCCGAAUACUGCACAGUCCUAA